CACCUUUUCCUUUUGGGGUUUUUUCUUUUCAUAUAAAUCAACCACUAGAGUAGAAGAAACAGUCCUGAUUUGAUCCUGUUUUUUCUUCUAUUUCAACCACCCAUCCAUGCCAUCUUCAUCACUACAAAACCCAAGAAACUCUCCAUCUCUAUCACUGAAGAAGAAUCAACAAACACAAUCCAAACCAAUUGCAAUUCAAUCAGCAUGAGGCCUCAAGCAGAACCCAAGAAGGUCUCCAACGGUUCUUUUGUGAAGAAAGAUAGAGGGGUCAGGUACAGAGAGUGUAGGAAGAACCAUGCUGCAAACAUAGGUGGAUAUGCUGUUGAUGGUUGUAGGGAAUUCAUGGCUUCUGGUGAGGAAGGUACAAGUGCUGCCCUCAAGUGUGCAGCCUGCAACUGUCACAGGAACUUCCACAAGAGGGAGGUGGAGAGCGACGACUGGCCGUGCGAUUACUCGUCGGACUCAGCCACGCGAAAAUGACCCGUCCAGCCGGCGGCGAAAAAUCCAUGAUCUUGGAGAUGAUUGAAAUAAAAUUCAGGUUUGAUACCCUUUUUAGUAAGAGAUAAAAAGGUUUGGAAUGUGUCUUUUAUCCUGUAACAUAUUACUUACUUACGUUUGGAAUUUUCAAAAGGUAGGAGUUGCGUUUGUUUGUAGGGAGUGGGCUUUGGUUUGGAAGUUGUGGUUGAGAUUCCUUGCAUGGGAUACAUGACUUGUACAUGAUAUUUAUCUGUUUGGAAUGAAUUCUUCUGAUGAAAAAACAUCAUAUUUGAA